CGCUGCAGGAGGGAGCACACUGCACAGACCCCCUCCCCUCGCCCCAAGCCUGGAGCGCUUUCCGAUGCCCGCACCUGCGACGCUGGAGUUCCCGCCUCCGCGUCCCUGUGGCCAGUGGGGCAGGGAGCUCCGCCGUUCUGAGGGCGGGUCCUGGCCCUGAUCCUGGGGGCGGGUCCUAGAACUCCGGGGCGGGGACAGCAGAAUCCUAGGCUUGUAGGAAGCUGACCGGUGGCUUCCCCUCCCCUCGGGUCCCCUGCAGUGCUGCGAUCCUUCCGUCGGGUCUCCGUGGCGCCGGCCCCCGAGAUGCGUGUCCACCUGCUCCUGCUGCUCACAAUGUGCUCAGCGGUCUUGGUGGCCUCGGUGGCCGGGACGCGCAGCUACAGCUUGCGAGGAGAGUGGAGGGUCCGCAGCGGGAACGGCUCCCUGGAGCUGCCCGGGAUGGUUCCUGGCUGCGUGCACAGCGCCCUGUUGCAGCAGGGGCUGAUCCAGGAUCCUUACUACAGAUUUAAUGACCUUAACUACAGAUGGAUUUCCUUAGAUAACUGGACCUAUAGCAUAGAAUUUAAAACUCCUUUAAAUAUUAGCAAAUGGCAAAAAGUAAAUUUGAUUUUUGAAGGAGUUGAUACAGUUUCGAGCAUCCUGUUCAAUAAUGUCACUAUUGGGAAAACAGACAACAUGUUUAUCAGAUAUAGCUUUGAUAUUACUAGUAUCAUCAGAGAUGUCAACUCCAUUGAGCUGCAUUUCCAGUCAGCAGUGUCAUACGCAGCACAGCAGAGCAAAGCUCACACUCGCUACGAGGUGCCUCCAAAUUGCCCUCCACCUGUGCAGAAGGGUGAAUGCCAUGUCAACUUUAUCCGGAAGGAGCAGUGUUCCUUUAGUUGGGAUUGGGGGCCGUCUUUUCCUACCCAGGGAAUCUGGAAAGAUGUUAGAAUUGAAGCCUUUAAUAUUUGUCAUCUGAAUUACUUCACAUUUUCCCCAAAGUAUGAUAGCACUGCCCAGGAGUGGAAUCUUGAAAUAGAGUCUUCUUUUGAUGUUGUCAGCUCAAAGCCAGUUGGUGGUCGAGUGACCAUAGCCAUUCCUAAACUACAAACAGAGCAGACAUACAACAUUGAACUUCAACAUGGGGAGAGGAUUGUUGAGUUAGUUGUGAAAAUUAACAAGAAUAUUGCUGUGGAAACUUGGUGGCCUCAUGGACAUGGAAACCAAACUGGGUACAACAUGACAAUUCUUUUUGAACUGGAUGGAGGCUUAAAUAUUGAAAAUUCAGCCAAGGUUUAUUUUAGAACAGUGGAACUUGUAGAAGAGCCCAUAAAAGGGUCUCCUGGUCUGAGUUUCUACUUCAGAAUUAAUGGAUUUCCCAUAUUUCUGAAAGGUUCCAAUUGGAUCCCAGCAGAUUCAUUCCAGGAUAGAGUAACCUCUGACGUGUUGCGGCUCCUUUUGCAGUCUGUGGUGGACGCUAACAUGAAUGCUCUCCGUGUGUGGGGAGGAGGAAUCUAUGAGCAGGAUGAAUUCUAUGCACUCUGCGAUGAGCUAGGAAUAAUGGUAUGGCAGGAUUUUCUGUUUGCCUCUGCCCUCUAUCCAGCUGACCAGCGCUUCCUGGAUUCGGUGAGAACAGAAGUUGUUCAUCAGGUCAGAAGACUGAAAUCUCAUCCCUCUAUCAUCAUAUGGAGUGGCAAUAAUGAAAACGAAGCAGCAUUGAUGAUGGACUGGUUUCUUAUAAAUCCCUUGCACCUGAAAAUCUACAUCAAAGACUACGUGACACUGUAUGUGAAAAACAUCAGAGAGCUUGUCCUGGCAGGAGACACGAGCCGUCCUUUUAUACCUUCCAGUCCUACAAAUGGGGCCCAAACCAUGGCAGAAGGUGGAGUCUCUCACAACCCUAAUAGCAACCAUUAUGGUGAUGUUCAUUUUUAUAACUAUAUCUGUGAUUGCUGGAAUUGGAUGGUUUUCCCCAAAGCUCGAUUUGUAUCUGAAUAUGGAUAUCAGUCCUGGCCUUCAUUUAGUACAUUAGAGAAGGUCUCAUCUAAAAACGACUGGUCUUACAACAGCAAAUUUUCCCUUCAUCGACAACAUCAUAAAGGUGGCAACAAGGAAAUGCUUCACCAAGCCAAAUUUCAUUUCAAACUCCCCCAAAGCACAGAUCCAUUACGUAAAUUUAAAGACACCAUCUACCUCACUCAGGUGACACAGGCCCAGUGUGUCAAGACAGAAACUGAAUUCUACCUCCGCAGCCGCAGUGAGAUAGUCGGUGGAAAAGGCCACUCCAUGGGGGCUCUUUAUUGGCAGUUAAAUGACAUUUGGCAGGCUCCUUCCUGGGCCUCUCUAGAGUACGGAGGGAAGUGGAAAAUGCUUCACUACUUCGCUCAGCGCUUCUUUGCCCCACUGCUGCCCGUGGGCUUCGAGGACCGAGACGUGUUCCAUGUGUAUGGCGUGUCGGACCUUCACACAGACUGUAACGCCACGCUCACCGUGAGAGUUCACACGUGGAGUUCCCUGGAGCCUUUGUGUUCUCUAGUGAUGGGACCUUUUGUGAUUAAAGCAGGGCAGGCUGUGCCCCUCUACAAGGAGCCUGUGCGCAAACUUCUGGGGUGUGGAAAUUGCACAAGGAAGAGCUGUGUGCUGUCCUUUUACCUUUCCACUGAACGUAAACUCUUCAGCCCAACUAACUAUCACUUCCUGUCCUCUCCAAAGGAUGCCGUGGGGCUCCUCAAGGCUCAGAUCACUGCCAACAUCACUCAGCAAGGUGACACUUUUGUUUUUGAUCUUGAGACCUCAGCUGUUGCUCCCUUUGUUUGGUUGGAUGUAGGAAGCAUCCCAGGGAGAUUUAGUGACAAUGGCUUCCUCAUGACGGAGAAGACACGAACUGUACUCUUUUACCCUUGGAAACCCACCAGCAAGAGAGAGUUGGAGCAGUCUUUGCAUGUGACGUCCCUGACAGACAUUUACUGAAGGUGUCCAGGCUGUACUUCAGUAGAUGCCGGGAUGAAACCUUUCUAAGGCACCAGCUGAGGAGGAAGUAGCCUGUGAUGUGUUGAAAAAGCCGAGAGAUACCUGGUUGCUGCCAUGUGUCUGAUUGAUCAUGCUGUCAAGAGUGUGUAUUGAAUACUUUUGGGGAAGGCUGUUUACUCAGUGGUGUCCUCAGACAAGGCUGCACCUAGGUGUCUUGAAUCUGUGUCAGGAUGGUGUUUUUAACCAUUCACCUCAUAGUUUUAGCACGACAUCAACAGUUAUAGCUAGAUUGCCUUCAGAAAGUCACAAGAGCAUACCAUGACAACAUGUAUGGAACCAAAUGUGGGAGGCUUUGAGGGAAUGCAGGACGUUCAUAGCACUUAGAAAUGCCAAAUAAUCAAAAUGUAGUGCUUUCUUAUUAUUUUCAGAGAAAAUGGAGCUUCAAACAUUACAAUAGAGAUUUCUAGGUGGCAGCCAUAUUGACUGUUGUUGGUGGAUGGUUUAGGGUAUUGAUUAUUGCCAUUUGAUUACUAUUUGGGGAAGAAUUCUUCUUUCAUUGUGGGUCUUGUUAUUGAAAUAUAGUUUUAACAGUGACUAUUUUUUUUAAAGACUGUUACAGUGUCUUUCUUUGAAAAAUAAGCAGAGAUUGCAAUGGAUGUCACCAUGGUUGUGUUGGGUGUCCUGACACUGGGCUAUUGUGUGGGCUUCGGAUCUGACCACAUCCGUUGAUCUUUCCAAUCUAUACUUGUUGACCCUGGUACCAAAGUAUGUUCCCUUUAGCUUGAGUUUAAAUAAUUUUAUUUAUGUUGAUUAAUUAUAAUUUGCUAUAAAUCUUUUUAUUAUAUAUCAUUGUAUAAAAUUACACAUAAUAAAGAUAGUGGGGCAAAAUGUUAAUAAGAGACUAAUUGGGUACAGGCCUUUGAAACUUUUUUUGUACUGUUUCUAAAAGUUUGGAAUUAUAUAGAAAUAAAAGUUACAUAAACUCCAUUGGCAACUUGAUAUUUCAUCUGUGGCUUAUUUAGUCAUUUUAUAACCAUUCCAUUGUACCCCAUACUGUGCUGAACAUUGAUUUCUGCUUGACAAAUGAGAGAGCU